AUGUGUACGUUAAUUUUACGAAUCUGUCUCAUCGGCACGUAUUUUUAUGUCAGCAUACAGGACUGUAUGGAAGAAAUUUCUAAUAAUAAUACCAUAAGUGUAUUAUGGCAUCAAACUCCACCAGCGACUAAUGUCCAAUCGAAUCCACUAUGUUACUAUAACGAAAACUUGAUAACAAGGAAUUGUUCCGAUUCAAAUUGGAUACCUCCUCUUGAAAAAUUAAGAGCAUGUUCCAAAGUCGUUGAAUACUUUGAGGACUCGGCUUGUCCGCCUGGUUUCCAUAAAUUUUCGUUAUCCGACAACGAGAACUGUUAUAGAAUACAUCCACCUUCCAUAUGGGAUUAUCCUUGUUUCAAAAGUGGCGGCGCGUCGGUUAUUACAGACUUAGAGAUCGAACAAGCUGAAUUGUUAUUCGAAUCUUUAAAUACAACGCACACCUCCAAACGUUUCUGGUUACCGGCACAACGAACAAAAUCUUUUCACCCCAUAGUAUGGUAUAUACCAGGAUUUUACUGGGGACGUUCCGUGAACUCCAACAGCAAUAUACCAAUGAAAUCACAAAUAAAUGGCAAUUGUUUAUUAUUAGAUAUUGAGAGAAAAGUAAUCACUACCGAAAAAUGUAAUAAGGAAUAUCCUAGUUUAUGCUUCUACAUAAAUGAUUUGCACUAUCCAGCAACAUGCCCUGAUGGAUAUCAUGCCUUUAGAUUUAUGCCAGAUGAUGGACUAUGUUUUGGCAUAGAAAAGUCUGAACAUGGAACCAGUUCUACUUUAUCUGAUUUUUUAAAGACGCAAUGCGAUAAACCUAUGGGGCGUACGGAAAAUGGUGACCUACAAAAGUUUAUUUUUAUGAAAAUUGCAGAACAAAGCGAACUAUCUAAUAAUAGUUGGUGCUGGUUUGGUUCUAAUGAUUAUGAAAUAAGUUAUUCAGAAUCCAAUGGAACAAAUAUUCUAGAAACUGACUUGAAACCUUUUGAUAGUGUAAUAAAUAAACAAGGUGCUCUGAGUUUAAUGAGUACAGAAGCAUCUUUAUCUUGUAUGGCAUGUGAGAAGGAAAUUAUUUACAAAGGAAUGAAUACGGAAUUUGCAAUUGAAUAUGAUGACAAUGAUGAAAGGAUUUAUUUAACCGUAUAUUUUCCUUCAGGUUUAUGGAAGUACGAAAAUGAUGACUUAGGCAUUCAGUGUUUUUCAGACGCAAAAGGAUUUGUUAAAGUGAUUAGUGUAGACGUAUCUCCUAUAAUUGAUAUUGAAGCAAUAAAAUCAAAAUUUUCUGAAUCGGUCAUUGUAGAAAAAUCUGUAUAUGUUAUAGAUCUUGUAACGGAUAUGCCGGCUCAAUAUUGGUGUGAAGGACAUACUCAGAAUUUUUCUUUGAUAUCAACAGAGAAAAUCAUUGUUAAUCCAAGAGGAAAUAAGAUACAUGUAUUUUCACUUAUAAUUAAAUUUUGUUUUUAUGCAAACGAAAACACUACUGUGUUAGAUAUAUUGAAAGUAACCGAAAAUCUCACAGCCAUUUUUGAGGCCGAAAAAAUAUUGCUAAUGGAUGUUUCUGACUCUGAUUCAAAUGAAGUGACGUUAAUAACUCACUUGCACGUUGCUGUGAAUGAUACACAUUCUGAUACCGGACAAAAUUUGCAAGAAACUUACAUAUUUUUAAAGAAUGUAUGUGAAACCGAACUUCCAAAACAUAAUUUUACAUUUGUUAGCUUAUCUAGUUCUUUAUAUUGUCUGCCAAUUACUUCCAUAGAUUUUAUAAUAUUAGAUUGGGAAUUAACUCCAAUUGGCCACAUAAUAGCACCAAGGCAAUUCUGUCUACAAUCAAAUGGUUUGCCAGUAAAAAGACGAUGUUAUGGGUCCUACCUUCAUGGUAGUAUCUGGGGCCAAGUUGAAGGAACUUGUGAUAUAAACUAUGAACCCUCAGAAAAAACAACGUUUCUUUACAAUUUUGCGAAAGGUCAAGUUUCAGAAAAUACUACCUCUAGUUUUCUUGUCGAUGGACUCAACUUUGUUCUUGAUGACACUGAUUUAAUCAUUCCUGCUGAUAUAUAUUAUUUAGCAAUAUCCUUACAAUUUAUUUUAAGCGUUGCUCAAGAGAAUCAAAAUGCAGUAGAUAUGGGAGAUAUUGAGAAUAUAGCCUGGGUUAUGGACAGAGUUAUGGAUUUAGAUACUAGAUAUUUGUAUUUAGCUCAAACACUAAAUUCAACUAAUAUAAUACUUGAUUCAAUUAAUAAUAUAAUUGAUAUUCUAGUUCAGAAAAAUAUUAGUUCUAUCACAUAUGACCGUUCUUUGAAAAACCAUGGUUAUGAGAUAGCAAUUAAACCUCAAUUUGUCGUUCAAAUAUCUUAUCCAAAAUAUAAUAAUAUAAGUGGAAUUGCUUUAAUUAAAGGAGGGGAUUCUGAUAAAUUUACCGAUAUGAUCGUGCAACCGCUAUAUAGAAAUACAACUAUUGAUGACGUAUUCUUAAUAAAAAAUCUGGAAAUUGCGGCAUGGUUACCUGAAAAUGUUUUAAAUAAUUUAAUAACUAAUGAAAAUGGUACAGACUGUAUUGAAGCAGACUAUUUCCAUAUAGUAAUAAGUAUAUAUCAUAAUGAUGCCAUGUUUCAGGAGCAUAACGUAAAUAAGUCCACUGUUAUUAGUCGUAUUAUCGAGAUAUCAGUACCCAACCUCAACUCUAAUCUGGAAUAUUCCGUACCACUUAUAUUUAAUCAAGUAAAUGCUACAAACUUUUCUCGGUUUUGUGGAUAUUGGGAUUUUCAAACCCAUAAAAUUGGUAGUAUCCCAGGGCAAUGGUCAAAACGAGGAUGUUAUUUGAUGAAAACUGUGCACAAUUUGAGUUUGUGUGAAUGUUAUCAUUUAACACAUUUUGGUCAGUUAAUUAACAUACAAGACAAUUAUUCAUACGAUAAGAACGAUGUUGAUCAUACAAAAGUUUUGAACAUAAUAACACUAACUGGUAGUUUUCUUUCUUUGAUUGGAAUAAUUGGUAUAUGGGUAACAGCUUUGGUAUUCGACGUUUGGAGAAAAAAAGCUGGUACCAAAGUACUUCUUCAACUCUCAACUUCUAUAGCUCUACCUUUAAUACUAAUGCUAGUGUUUAAUUUAAAUCAAAAAAUAUUUGUAAAAAGUGAAGGUAAAUACGUAGUAAAUAAUAACAUGACAAUAGUGUGUAUUGCUUUAGGUGCAUUGUUACAUUAUUCUAUUCUAGCAAACUUCGUUUGGAUGCUGAUUACAGCAACUUUACAGUUUAUUCGUUAUGUUAGAGUUCUCGGAGUAAGUAGACCAUCCAGAUUUAUGAUUAAAUUUAUGAUUAUAGGAUGGGGUACACCAAUUAUUCCAGUUUUUGUCAUUUUAUGGGCUGAUUAUGAGAACUAUAUACCUAAUCCAUCAAUAGGACGCCCUAUAUGUUAUCCUAAGGGAUUUUAUUUCAUUGUCUCAGUCGUGUUACCUAUUAGCCUCAUACUCUUAAUUAAUGUAAUUCUAUUUCUUUUGGUUAUAAAAUCUAUUUCUCAAAGUUCUGAUAUGAGAACAACAGAUAGAAGUUUAGUAUUCGCCCAGUUAAGAUUGUCGAUAUUUCUGUUCUUUUUAUUGGGACUCACUUGGAUUUUUGGCAUAAUUUCUUUUACAGGAAAUUUUCUAUGGUCUUAUCUUUUCUGUCUAACAGCUACAGUGCAGGGUUUUGUAUUAUUUAUUUACUUUGUUAUUUGUGAUCCAUCUACUAGAAAUUUAUGGGUCAUGGUUUUCAAACCACCGUUUUCUAGUACCUCAUCAAGGAAGAGCAUUAUGAGCUUAAAUAGCGAACAAUAA